GCUUGUUUUCACUUUUAUAAUUCAUAUAAACACACCAUCUCAGGUUAAGCAAUUCUCUCGGCUCUAUCCCUCGAAAUUUAAAGUCAGCGCGCACAGUCCAAAUCCCCAGUGAAAACCGACAACCUCAUUCCUCCAAGCUUAAAUAGAAUAUAAAACAGAAAAGAAAAAUGCGCCAAAAACACCCAAAAAGCUGCCCCAAGCCAAACUUAACCUGGACAGCUCGAAUCCCCAAGCAGAAACAGCCAUCCUCUCCAAAGCACAAGGACAACCUGAAGAUGAUGUUCACCUCAUCGAUCGACCCCUACGACAAGCCUCUCAACUGGUGGGAACAGUCUCCCGUGAAAUAUGCCUUUUCCUGCCCGACGGUACGCUCGAGGCUGGAGCUGCUUAUGGGGAGCAACGUCGUCAGGCUUACCGACAGGAAGUACAUGCUGAGGCUCAUGUCGAGGAUUCGACAGGACCACGAGAGCCAACAGGAGGCGAGGAUACAGGACAGAAAGACGCGCGAACUGAUGCGGACGAAGAAGAUGAUACUAAACCGAUUUAUCCCCGUGCAAGAGGCUCCCUCUGAAAUCCGGCAGUAUCCCCUGUUCCAGCUUUACCUCUACUGCGACGCCAUAAUCGAGCAGCGUCGUAGAAAGCGAGUCGCGAAGAAAGUCAAGAUUUCCAAGUCCCUGUAUCGACUGCUUUAUCCGGAAAAGAUUACCGACGAAGCGGCUAUCGCCACAACGGAGGAGGAAGUAGCGUCGGAGGAGGAUAAGCCGGAGCCGACGAAAGAAGCCGUGGUCGACGACGCGACGGAGACGGUUCCAGUGACGCGCGAAGAGCUGGAGGCGGCGGCCAAAGAGAAGGAGCUGGCCGAGGACGUGGAGAACGGAUACGCGUUUUCGCGAGAAGAAUACGAGAAUCUGCAUUACGAGGCCGAGAACGUCAAGAAGCUGAAGGAAACUCGGACGGUCGACGAGAUGUACGCAAAGGCUCACGAGAUCGUCGGUCUUCUGUUCAGCCUUGCCGGCGACGAGAAGCGCAAAAGAUGCGCCGCCGUCGUCAGGGAGGAGGAAACAACUGUGUCGUAGUGUCGAUUACAAAGUCUCUGUAAAAGCUUCUGCGAAUUUUUUAUAAGACGUGUAAACCGUCGAAAUAAUAAUAAUAAUAAUAAUAAACAUC